AUGAGACUGGAGAUGCAGUGUGGCUGUAACUCUCCCAUAGGGCCCAUCACCUCUCAAUGCUGGAACCGAGCAGUGCUGUUCCCUGAUUGGGCGUACAAGCCAGCCUGGUCGCCGGGCUCGCGGCAGGUGCAGCUGUGGCAUUUCCUGUUGGAGCUGCUGGGUGGGCGGGGCGAGGGCGGGCCCAUCGGCUGGGGCGGCCAAUGGGGCGAGUUCGUCAUCCGAGACCCCGAGAGGCUCGCCAGGCUGUGGGGGGAGAGGAAGGGCAAACCCCACAUGAACUACGACAAGCUGAGCAGAGCGCUGAGAUACUACUACAACAAGAGGAUUCUGCACAAAACCAAAGGCAAGAGAUUCACCUACAAGUUCAACUUCAGCAAACUCAUCCUGGUCAACUACCCCAGCCUUGUGCCAUGCCAGCCGAUGCUCCAGGGUUCUCCUCCUCUCUCUCUCUCUUCUCCUCCUCUCUCUCUCCCUUUCUUCUCCCCUGAGGGAGGAGUCUCUAUGGACCGGGCUCUACUGCUGAUCCAUGUGUGCUACAGCUCUAAUACUGAUCCAUGUGUGCUACAGCUCUACUGCUGA